UCCGGUCCCGCCCCAAUCCAAGGGGUGACAUCCACCGGCUCAGCGGGGCUAUGGGUAUUAGUUGGAGCCGGUGUGCGGGGUUGAUACGUUUCUUUUGAUCACGCGUUCAUCGGAUCAGGUGAGCUGGAUCCACCAUGUCUUCAAGCAAUGUGAGCCUGGUCCCUAUGCUUCCAUCAGAAGAUGACCAAACCUCAAAGCUCAUUCGAAAAUCUAAGGAGUCCCCAUUUGUCCCUGUUGGGAUUGCUGGGUUUGCAUCUGUGGUGGCUUAUGGACUGUACAAACUGAAGACGAGAGGGAACAGAAAAAUGUCUGUACAUCUUAUCCACAUGCGUGUGGCUGCCCAGGGAUGUGUAGUGGGAGCCAUGACUAUAGGUGUUCUGUACUCUAUGUACAAAGAAUAUGUUGUGAAGCCCAAGGAACAGAAAAAUGCUCUGCUUCACAAAUGAAGUUGGACCUGUUUACUGUUGUUCUUGGAAUUUGAAGUCUUAGGCUUUCAAAUGUACCUCACAUUGAGGUGAUCAGGAUUUUUCCUUUCACCUUGGUUAAGUACUUAUUAGAUAGUUAAAACUUAGUUUUGAUUUUUCAAGCUUGAUUUAUACAGUAUACUAAUAUUUACUGCCGAGGGAUGUUUUCCCAAGGGUUUGUUAGCACCGCAGGGUGCGGAAUACCAUUUUUAUCCAAUUUGCAAACAAAACUGUUUUUAAUCUGAUGCCCCAUUGCAUAGUCAUACAUUGCAAACCUUUGGUAAAGAAUUGAUUUAGCUCAAUUUUGACAAGAUAUAGCUAAGUGUAUCUUGCCAUCAAAUUGUUUAGAGGGUGUUAGCUGCAUAUGUUAAACUAACAUUCACCUGGCUGGUUCUAGUGAGAUGCAGUACUUGAGAUCACAUUACACUGUUUUUGCUGCAUGUCAGAUCUGUAAAAUGCUUGUGUUUACUGCUGUAAUUCAGACCAGCUUUAGACAUUUCAAAUUACAUGAGGUGCUGCAUGCUUGGACAAAGUUGUUUCCAAGUGGAUUAUCAGAGUACUUCUUGUUUCAAGUAUUUCCACUCUGAAUUUCAAUUGGUCAAAAAGCAGUUAUUUUUCCAUUGUAUUGAUUUUUAUUCAUCUUCUUAAAAGAUGUUAGUCUCCAGUGCAUUCUGGAGUCUGCAGCAUUAUUAAUUCUAAUGUCAAGGUCAAGUGCACUUGAAAUUGCACAAACUGGUUUGAUUUGGAAAUAAGCAAAAAAAUGAAGAGGCUGAACUACUAUUUCAACAUUGAAGCAGGGUUGUAGGUUGUAACUCUUACACCUUGCCUUGAACCUUCAUUGAUGCAUUUUUAAAUGCUACUGGAUUAAACUGGACAUCUAAAUUCUUCAAAAAUGUUAGUUUGUGUGAAAUUGAGAUAUAUUACAGACAAUUUAAAUAUAGGAUCUUUUUUGCAGUAAAUUAUGAAUAUAAAAAUGGUUAUUUUCACUGUACUUGAAUGAGUGGUUCAAUGUUUGAUUAUACUUUUAAUCAAGUUACCUUGCUAGUUACAAUGGGAUUCCACUACAUCAUUCAAUGAUAUCACUUAGAAUAAACACCUUUGCAAAAGA